GGGCUGCACCAGGCAAACACUGAGCCCCGGGCCGGCUGCUGCAGAGACACGAGUUCCCGAGGGCAGAGAUUCUCCAGCCGAGGACCAUGCUGCCAGCUACCUUCAAGCUGUGUGCUGGGAUCUCGUACAGGCACCUGCGCAACAUGACAGGUCUGCGUCGAAAGGCCGCUGUUGCCAUCAGCCAGGAGCUGAACAAGCUCGCCUUCGCUGGCGCGGGCCCUGGGAAAUGGAUCAACCAGGUUCGCCGGCGGAGUUCGUUGCUCAGCUCCAGGCUGGAGGAGAGUCCCUUCAGCGAAGUGGAGAUGUCCUAUCUGAAACAGGGAGAGGAGGCCCUCCAGAAAUCCCUCGGCAUCCUUGCAGACCAGGACGGCUGGAAAACAGAGACAGCUGUGGGCAAUGGGGACCGAGUGCUGAGCAAGGUGCUGCCGGACGUGGGGAAGGUGUUUCGCUUGGAGGUGGUUGUGGACCAGCCCCUGGACUCUCUGUACGAGGAGUUGGUGGAAAGGAUGGAGCAGAUGGGAGACUGGAACCCCAGCGUCCAGGAGGUCAAGAUUCUUCAAAAGAUUGGUAAAGACACGCUGAUCACCCACGAAACUGCUGCUGCUACACCUGGCAAUAUCGUUGGACCGCGAGAUUUUGUCAGCGUCCGGUGCACUAAGAGACGUGGCUCAACGUGCGUCCUGGCUGGGAUGGCCACGAAGCAUGGGGCGAUGCCAGAACAGAAGGGAUUCAUAAGAGCUGAAAACGGGCCCACGUGCAUGAUUCUUCGUCCACUGGCUGAAAAUCCUUCCCAGACCAAGUUAACGUGGCUUCUCAGCAUUGACCUGAAGGGGUGGCUGCCCAAAUCAAUCAUCAAUCAGGUCCUUUCCCAGACGCAGGUAGACUUUGCCAACCAUCUCCGCAAGCGCCUGGCUAGCACAGCUCCUCCUGCAGUCGCUGUCAACUGCUGAAGUUUCGCUGCUCCCCAUAAAGAAACCUGACCCUGAGCCACAGUCACAAACUGUCACAGGCCAACAGGGCCAAAGAUAUGUGCCCCAAGGUGAGAUUGCCACUGUAUUAUCCAAGACCUGCUUCUAGGCUAGACUUUUUUAGAAUGGAGCUCGUGGGAGGAGAGUUGGCCUUGGACCAGUUCUGGAUAAGCGUGUUGCUGUACUCCCUGCAGCACAAGAUCGCCACCCACCCACCCAGGAAGAAUGGCUCCCCGUGUACCCCCAACCCAUCAGAUCUACCGAGAGCAGGUCCCUUAAAAAAGGACAGGGCCACCUCUGCUGCCUGCAGUAUCAGAAUUCUCUUGGUGCCUGGUGAAAUGUGUCCAGCUUUGUGUUCUUCUACAGUUUUUGGCAUCUUUACAGGGAAGCUACUCUCUUGCUCUAACAAGAGGGCUCUGCUUCCACCGAGGCAGAAAGGUGGAAGAACACAUAAACGGCCAAGAUUGCAAUGCAAGCCCCACUCAAUUUUCUCCAUUUACUUGGUAGAUACAUCACAGGAACAGUUACUGGAGUAUGUGAAUAGGUAUACUAGGCCUAAAAGACCUUCACUGAGUUACAGGUUUAAAAUGUAACUAUGAAGGGCUUGUCUACACCUGGCAAUAGCCUCCAAGAGAGAUUCCAGAGGAGCUCCCCAAUAGACACAUUUCCUACAGAAUGCCUCUGAAGCUGGACUGAACUGCACUCAGUGGAACAAACUACACUGCAAACCCUGGGCCUCAGAAGGCACCAAGGUACUGAAGUGUAAAAUAAAGCUGUCCUGAUGGGGAGUUUGUGCAGAAUAGUUACUGCAUUUAAUUCAUUCUCCCUGUGCCUGGCCACGCCAAGACCUUUUGAAGCUUCCAAAAUCCCUAUCUGGUGAACUGUAUUAUUUGAAAUGUUAAUGGAAAAGGGAAACAGCUUCCUAUAGCCAUCUUAAAGGAGUAUUAUGUAUUGUCUAAAACUAGUUACCUUCCUGCUCUUUUAAGGUAGUGAAGGAUGGAAAACCUAUAGUAACUCUAAGGAGACUGGGCUGUUGCAUACAACACUAGAGUAAUUCUGCUACCUGCAUCUUUGCAAAUAUUCUAUGGUACCUAGAUUAUGCUGCAAAGCCAUCUCUGACAAGCUAUGCGACCUGCCUGCAAUAAGUUUGUUUUUAGGUCUCACAGAAGAAAUCUGCACAGGUAGCAGCUUGUUCCAGUGCAGAUUUCUAAGCUUUACACUGUAGUUGGCUCAACCUCCAGUACAGGCAGCUGCAGAUCAGUUUUGCACUUGGUGGAUUUCUGCUGUAGGAAAUUAAUUUAUAAAUGAAUGCAUAGGUAUUUAUUUUUCUUGUAUAGAUUUGCAUAUUAUGUGACUAUUUAAUAUUUAUUCCAGUUGUUAAUGCAACAUACACACCUCCCAGUGAACCAGCCCUAAGCACAUUUGUUUUAAAUGAAGGUAAUU